UCAUCUUCUCGAGUUCUUGUUGCCGAUAUCACAGUAGUAUAGUGUCCCCAUUUCAAAAAAGCUCGGAAAUUCCGAGGAAGGAUCCGACGUUGCCCUCUCGUUGUCUGUUUCUCAUCCAAUUCUCAUUUCAAACCCCAUUAUUGAACCCUAAGAUUGGAUUUUUUUUAAAACUUGUUUUCUUCCCAAAGUAAUGGUGAGCUUAGCUAUGGCUGCCUCAUCUUCUUGUUGCCCGCAACUGGUGCUGGGUCUCUCUCCAAACAACGGCAAACCCAUCUUCGGUCUCCCCGUGCUGCCCAGAAAACCCACCAAAAUGAUCGGAAUUACCAGACUCAGAACCUCCUUUUCUACAGUCUCGUACUUUCAGGACCCUAGAAUCACCAAAACUAUUUUGAUGAAACGGCUUGGAAGAGAUUGUUUUGCAAGCACUAGUUCAGGUAGCCAGCAAACAUCUUCAGUUGGUGUGAGUCCACAGUUUACAGCCUCGCCACCAUCAUCUAAUCUAGGGUCGCCUUUGUUUUGGAUUGGAGUUGGUGUUGCUCUGUCGGCACUAUUUUCAUGGGCUGCUCGAACAUUAAAGAACUAUGCAAUGCAACAAGCUUUCAAGACAAUGAUGGGACAGAUGAAUACACAAAAUAAUCAAUUUGGUAAUGCUCCGUUUUCGCCUGGAUCACCUUUCCCUUUUCCACCACCACCGCCACCAACCUCAGGUCCAGCUAGCUCAUUUCCUUCACCCCCUACUGCGUCUAGUCAAGCUACCCCAUCGCCUUCAUCUGUAUCUCAGCCGGUGACUGUGGAUGUAUCUGCAACAAAGGUGGAUGAACCUCCUACCCCUGAUGUCAAAGAUGAACAAAAAGUUGAGGAGAAACCCAAGAAAACUGCUUUCGUAGAUGUGUCUCCUGAAGGGACAUUCAAGAAGAGUGAUUUUGAAAAUUUUAAGGAUAUAACGGUGACAGAACCGUCCAACUUUAACAAAGCGGCUGAGAAUGGAACUGCUUCAGCUUCAGCUUCAGCUUCGGGAUCUGGUGCAUCUCAAAGUUCAUCACCUGGAAAGCCAAAUCCUCCAAUGACAGUGGAAGCCUUGGAGAAAAUGAUGGAAGAUCCAACAGUGCAGAAAAUGGUUUAUCCCUAUCUUCCAGAUGAGAUGAGAAAUCCAGAAACCUUUAAAUGGAUGCUGCAAAAUCCGCACUACCGUCAACAAUUACAAGACAUGCUGAAUAACAUGGGUGGAAGCCCUGAGUGGGACAACCGCAUGAUGGAUACAUUGAAGAAUUUUGAUCUUAGUAGUCCGGAGGUCAAGCAACAGUUUGAUCAAAUAGGGCUUACACCUGAGGAAGUCAUUUCUAAGAUUAUGGCAAAUCCUGACAUUGCUAUGGCAUUCCAAAAUCCUAGAAUUCAAGCAGCAAUUAUGGAUGUUUCUCAGAAUCCUUACAAUAUAGGCAAAUAUCAAGCUGACAAGGAGGUUAUGGAUGUCUUUAACAAGAUAGCGGAGCUCUUUCCCGGUGCGACACCUUGAUUCCAUCAAUUACACCGUAAUGGGCAAAUGCGUGCGCUCCUCCGUGAUCUGAGUCGAUGAAGGGAAUUGUUUCACGUAGUGGCUGUGCUAUUGGGAUUGUCAUGAUCCAAGCUAAAGAUGAAAUGCACAAACAGCAUCAUCUUACAGUAGUUAGUUUCUGCAGACUGUUUUGGUGUACAAAUUCUUUAGAUUUUUUGGCAAGAAAAAGUUUGCAACUCCACAGCUUUUCCCAAAAGUGAGAUUACCAUGAAAUCUUAAGAUCUUUUCAUUAUGCUUUGUGUUUUUGUGUUAUUUCCACAUGAAUAUUGCAUCUUGUACAUGUUUAGAGCUAAAUAUUUCAUAGUUGUUUUAUGGGUAAA